AGUUGAAAUCUUGGUCUCGCUGAAUCGUCAUCUCGUUCCGCAGCAUUCUAUUUAACAGCAUCUUUAGCGCAUAUUCCGGUCGGGAGUAGAAGCGUUUGUCGAAGUUUUGUUAAAUUUUUGCGGCGUUUUUGGUGCCGCCAAAGUUUUUUUGUGUAUCUUUUAUUGGACAAAAAAGUGAUUAUUUGUUAUUGACUUUGUACGGUGAAGUUAUGAUACAACACUAAGCAGGAUGUUGAAAGAUGAAGCAAUGUUAACAAUACUUCUGAUUUUUUGCCUAGACUUGGCCAGCAGCCUCUACCUGUCCCACUCCAGAGUCAAUAUUGAGCCAGGAAAAAGUUUGGCCAUUUCUUGUAGAGAUAGAGGAGGAGAACCGGUCAUGUGGAAAGGUCCCAAAGGGACCCUUAGCGCUAAUACGAAGCCCAAAAUUCAGGACACUUCUAUAGGGAAACUGUUAGUUUUCACUUCCCUGAGGAUACAGGAUACGGGAAAUUACACUUGUAGUUUAAUCAAUAAUAAUAGGAACGACUACAGUAUAUUUUCAUUAACUGUAGAAGACACUCACACAACUGAUAAUAGCGACACAAGUACUAUUGAACACUCACACACACCCUCUCACUCUGGACGUACACCUACAUACGAUGUAACUGAAGAGCCAAUAGAAUUCAAAGACACGCCGGAAAUUCAAAGAGGAAGGGAAGGCGAAAAUGUAACUUUACGAUGCGAGGUAAACAGACCAUACAAAAUCAGUUGGUUGUUAGACAAGACCAAAGACAAUUUGGGCAGCAAGUAUAUAGUUAUUGGGGAUGGUUUGUUAAUUGUGAAUGUCAGUAGACAAGAUAACAGAGUGUUCAUUUGCGAAGCUCAUAAAUACUCAAUAGGACAAGUUAUUUACAAGAAGAUCAAAUUCAUCGUAGAACAUAAACCUGUUCCUGUGACUAUUCCAAGAGAUCCAGAAUCAACAGCUGACACUCCCGUGUAUGCACAAGACGAGGAAGUGUAUGGAUUUAUAGGAGAAUAUGUGAAUUUGACAUGCGAAGUUGAAGCUGAACCACCACCGAAAUUCGAAUGGAAAGGUAUGAGUACAAAACAAGGACGCAAUUAUAUUGGGAGGAUUAUUAAUGUUGGCACUCAUAAAUCACUUCUGCAGUUAAAAAUGACAAGUGAAACACCAGAUCGUUACGAAUGUACAGCAACAAAUAAAUAUGGUAAACUCAAGAAAUUUAUCAAUUUACAAAUUGGUAUAAGACCUAAUCCACCUGAAAGUAUUGAACUAAUAAAAGCUGAGCCGCAUUCUCUGGAAUUGAAAGUAGAAAUUCCAGAAGCAACUGAAGAACAAAUCGGAUAUAAUAUGGAACCCAAAUGGCUGAGCAUCUUUUAUAGAAUGGAAACUGGAGAAGAUUGGGAUGAACAAGAUUUCAACAUCACUUUAGAUACAUUUCUCCUGACUGAACUCAACUCAAGUAUGAAAUAUGAAAUCGUUUCGGCAACAAAAAACGUCGCUGGAUUGAGUUCUCUUUCAAACGCCACCUUCUUCGAAACCACCGCCGGUUGUGUUCAAAUAAGUAAACCAACAUUUUUCAGUCUAGUUAUGAUAAAUACGUUAAUUCUGUUCACGUCCAUACUAGCUUAAAAAUAUCUGUGAAAUGUUAGGUAUUAUAUGAAAAAUAUUCCAUUGUAGUUUAUCGAUUUCACACUGUAGGCCAGUCCGUUGAAGUAUAGAAAAGGAAUAAUCAACAGUUAUUCAGAACAAAAAAAUUAAAAUUGGACAUCCAGCAGGAAUAACAUGAAAAGAUUAUAUAGAUAUAUCGAAUAACAAAUUAUUCAGUCACUAUUACUUUACAAAAUUUUUCCCAUUUCUUUCGGUCUUUUGUUUGUGGUAGUACUUUAUCUAAUUUCUUCCCUCUGUUCUCAAUCCCUUUAUCAAUUUCGUCCAUCCAGGUAUUCCUCUGUUUCUCGCUCUUAGUGUUCUGGAUUCUAAUACCUAAUCUUUUCGUAAUGCCUUCUUCACUUAUCCUUUUCACUUUUCCUCACCAUCUCAGUUUAUUUUAUUCUUUGUAUUCUUUGUAUUGCUCUAAACGUUUUGUAUAUAAUAUUUAUCUGUAUGAUUUGUUUUUGAUGGGGAAUCUCAUUUCCGUUUUUUGUAUUAUUUCUCUGUGUCUUUCGGUCAUUGUCGAUGUUUUAGAACCAUAUCUUAGUGAGGGUAUAACUACUCUUUCAUAAAUUGCGUUUGCUGUUCUUUCUGUUAUUUCAUUAUCUAAUUAGCCAAGGUAUUUGAAAAGUUCCAUUUGUUCUAUUUGUCUAUUGUUUCUGUUGUCAUUAUCAUCGGUUUUAUCAUUGUUUAUGUUUAUGCUGUAUUUUGGUUUAGUAUUUCCUCUUCCUUUGCAAAUAUAACCACGUCAUUAGCGUAGCAUAUUUCUGUUAAAGUAAUUUUGUCCAUUUUUCAUUUUUUAUAGUUUCCUAGACUGGUUGUUAAUUUCGUUUAUAUCCUCAUUAAGGAUUAUUCUAUAUAGCAAUGGACUUAAUAUCGUCGACUUGAGUUGCUAGGGGACUAAGUUUGAAUUACAAGGUAUUGAAUUAUAAGAAUGCACAAGUAUUUUCACUUUUAUUUAAAUGUUUGACGAACUAUAUACGUGGUUUAUGCGUUCAUAUUAUAAAUAAUGUAAUUUUUAGUAAAAAAAAGAAGUAGCUUUUGUAGAUAAUUUUUUGUUAUAUAAUUUCCAUCUAAUCUGUUCCUCGAUAAAACUAUAUAUAAAAACCUAUAGUAAACCAAAAAUGUUAAUCAGAUUUCAGCUGAAUAUUUUUUCAAAAUAUCUCUCAUCCUCUAAAGUUUCCUUCCAAAUUCAAUUCUGAUAACUUUUAAGACUAGAAAUUACUUCUUCUAUCUUGUAUCUAUAAGUGAAAUUGAUGAGUGAUAAUUUUGUCUUCGUAAAUUCCCCAUGUUCUUGAAUUCAAUCAAUCAUUGUCUUUGUUUGGGAUAAUGUGAUUUGGAAGGUUUCCAUUUCUUCAAACGAUUGCAACGAGACUCAUGUCAACAUAUUUUCAUAUAAAAUACCUCUUGAGUGAAGUGUGCUUCCCAUUUAGAGUCUUAGAGCUAAAUAAUUGCUUAGAAAUAACGAUAAAAAUGUGAUAUUUUUCAAGCAAGUUUUUGAUAAGGAAGAAAGGGUGGUUUUACAUAGUUCGCUUAACCCCAAAUUUAGUAGAUCAAAGUUGAAGCGAAAAUACUUUUUCAACAAUCCACCGUUUUCACAGUAAUCAUUUUUUUUGUCAUUUUACUAUUUAAUAUCUACAAUGUUUAUAAUGACAAUUUACUUUCAUGUGCGAGUUAAUUUUUGAAUCAAAUUGUUGAGAUCGAAAUUAAUCAAUAUUCUUGUUCGUUAUCCAACGAACUUCAAUUAAAAUUUGGAAUUGAAAAAGAUGAUUAUUCCUAUGAGGUAUCAACGAACUGGCCUAAACCUUAAUGGCCCGAUAAAAAAAGGAGGACAAAAAUAAUAUAUUUCAAAAGGUGUCACGUCCAGAAGUUUAUUUGUUGGAUUCAGUACUGCUUAGUGGUUGAUUUAAUUGAAAGACUAGCUAACCGUGGAAUUUAAUGGAAGUCAAAUUUGAAACUAACGACAUUUUAAAAGCAUUUCUUAUAUUUCUGAAAAAUAAUUUAAUUUGAAUACAAUGUUCUUUUGUCAUACGUCAAGUUAGAAUAAAAUAAAGAAUAAUAAUUCUUUGCAGAAUAAGUACAGAGUAGUUUACGAUAACAGAAACGUGCUGUUCAAUGGUGACUUAUCCAAAAUUUAGGGAUUUUGAGAAAUAUCAACUUGACAAUAAUCUUAUUUCGAUUUAAAUCUCUUUCCGAUUAUUUUUUUAUACUGAAUUUCAUUCCACGUAAUUUCCUGUACUAUAUUUUAGUGAAAAGGAAUGAAUUCUGUAAAUUGCUUACUCAUAAUUAUGAAUUCAAAGAAUGUAAAACCAAAUUAGAACCGAUUUUAGUCAACUUUAGGAAACAAUAGAUUUUUUUCCGUAAAAUGUAGAAGCUAAUAGCAAUACGAUUUAUAGCAUGUUUCAUCAAUAUUUCCAGUACUUACGAAAUUAAUUUUCCGAAUUCCUGACGAAUGUUUUAUUCGAAAACUUCAAGAGAUUGAAGCUUGUUAAUAUGGAUAUGUGCUAUCGGAAACCGCACAAGAAGUGGUAUACAAAUAAUAAAUCGGUCGAUCUUUCCGGCCUGUGCUAAUCUCCAAACCAGGAUAUUAGGUGAACCAGAAAUGCAUCCAUCAGAAAAUAGGUUAUAGGUCGUGCAAUAAGUUUCACUUAUUAGAAUCACAUAAUCCCAAUUUCAAAUUCAUCCACUCGAGUAGCAAAAAGUCUUAGCGAUUGAAAUCCACUAUAGUGAUUUAUGCCACUGGAUUUUCGAAAAAAAUCCAGGCUUGGUAACAUAGUAACUUUGAACAGGUAUAAUGAGUCGUCAAGGGUUUCAAAUGAUUCAUGAAUUUAUUCACAUAGAUUAGGAUAUUCAGUCUCUCCACAGUUCUCUGAAGACUAUGAAUAGAGCUUACAGUCCAAUCUCAGUGCAAGAGACAUUGUUAAAAUUUCCAAGCAGUGAAAUCACAAAAUUUUAGUAGUAUCUUAGUAUCUUUUGGAAAACUUUAUAUUAGUCAGUUAUAUAAAUUCCAAAUUUUUUAAUACACCAAAAUUUUUAAGUUAUAUUUGUCUCUCUUAUAAACCUUAUUACUAUUUACAAAACAACUGAAAACUCAUACAGCAGCCACGUUACGUGUUACGAAGCUUCUAAGUUUCGAGUACAGAAAGAAAUCGCAGGGCGAUAGAUCCGGAAUAUAGGGUAGCUAUGGUGUAUGGAAUGUUUCUGCAGCAUGAAGACUAUUCAGUGGCAGUGUACAUAAUCAUGAUGGAGCAUCCAAUUGUACAUGCUAUCUAGGCGCACUCUGUUGAUCCUUCUCCAUAGUCUUCGCUCUAUAGGCGGUUUAUCCAGUUAGAAAGAACUAUUUAUGCGCCGACCUACGGCUGUCAAAGAAUCAGAUAAGCAUUGUUUUGACUUUCGAAUUAUUUAUGCCAUGUUUUUUGGUGAUGAAUAAUUUGGGUAUAGUCAUUGUUAACUCUGACGCUUCGUAAUCAAAAAGAAAGAAAAUGACGGCUGCUAUACCAAUAACUCACUUCAUUGUAUGUGGAUCUAAAAUUGGGACUGAAGAAGGGGGUAAAUAGGGGAUGAAUAAAGUCAAUUGAACAAUAUGGAUUAUACAAUAUAAAGUCAAACAUACUGAGUCAGGAAUCUACACGAACCAAGUGGGAAGUUAUUUUUGUCUUGUGUGAAAAUUUAAAUUGUUCUUUUUGGAUAAGCAAGAGCUCUUUUCCAGUUUUCCUAAUCAGCCUGUUUCAAUAUCUUUAGGUUUAAUCUGAGAUGAUUUGAUACACGCUCUGUAGGCGGAUAUUGAUUUGUGAUCCCAGAGAAAUUUAAUGGAAAUAUUCAACAAUUGUUUUAACGGUUUGAUAAUGUUAUGAAGAGUACAAAAUAACCGAUAUUGUAAUUGCGGUUUCCCAACUAGAAAAAUUGCUAAAAAGAGUAUAUUAUUACUGUUCUCCUUUCUUCAACUUCAUUCAGUUUAAAGAUCUGAAAAAAAUUGAUAAGUGUUAAUUAUUAUAUAGGAGAAUCUCAACAGCUUAUAAGUCAAUAAUGAAGAAUUUAAACAUGACCUUUGCGGUUGAAGGCUAGAGGAGUUUCUGUAUAAAAACUUCAAUUGCUAGUACUUCUGAAAAAUAAAGACUGAAUGAGCAAACACUACCGAAGUAAGCAACAAUAGUCUUAUUACUUAGACUGUGUUAAACUACAAGUUUCAAAGAAUAAUAUAAUUUAUACAAGUACAUGAUUUUGUGUGAUAAUAUUUUUCAAAAAAAGAGGAUUACACUGAUUGAAAUAAAUGUGGAUUUGUAAUGUAAUCAGUGGAAACAACUUGUCGGUUAUGGUUGAAAAUUAUGAGACGGUUAUUAUUACUGGGAAUCAUUGUAAAUACGAAUGCGGUACUGUUUUUUCCGUUUCAAUUAACUGCAAGUGAAGACUAGUCAGACCAAACCUUUUGUAGCAUAAAACAGUCGAGAAAUGUUUUAGAUCGUACUAUCCCAGCUCUUGAUGUAUGCUAACAAAUAAUGAACCAUGUUUAUUAACUGCUUUUGAAUAUAAAUAUGGUCGAAACGACCUAAAAACAAUCGAGUGUAAUAUUCGUACUAAAAUUUAUAUCAAUUAACAAACUGUAAAGUGUUCCAUGAAGAUUAUUUCACUUGUAUAAAAGUCACUUUGAUUUUUUUGCGCGAAAUUUGAUAGGCACUAUCGAUUUUGAAAUUUUGAGAGUUCAAUAUGCGAAAAAUUCAAAACUACUACACAAUCAGUGCAAGAAUAAUAGUUUGAAAACUACCAAAGAAAUUUCAAUCAUAACAAAAAAUAGUUUUCCCAUCAAACUCCUUUUUAUUCAACGAAUUUUCUCUGAAAAAUAGUUCAAAGCGCAUUAAGUCUUUCCAUGCAUUUGUAUAAAUCAAAUCCAUUCUGUUUACAACUGUUCUUGGAUUACUUUUCGGAUCUCAAAGCAUCCAGGCCAAAUCUGGACAAUAUGGUGGAUGCGAAGAAACUCGAGGUUCAAUGCAUCUUUUCUAUCGAUUUUCACUGUUUUCUUCUAGAUAUAGGUCCGUUUUUUUCUACAACCAGUCCAAUAAUUAUAUAGUUAUAGUCACUAUUAAUCAAUUUUCAUUAGUGGAACACUUUGCAAGUAUUGUCCUGGCGUGCUUGUAAAUUCGGCUCAAUGUUUUGUAAAUAAAUAGCUUCAAUAUUAAAUAAUUUGCGGUAGAUGGCGUAUGAGAAGAUACCGGGCAAUAUUGUCCAAUGAAAUACCUGUUCAACCAAUAGAUAUUUAAUAAGUGGAUUACUUAAAUGAAAGAAGUCAAUGAGAUUUGAAUUAUAUUAGUGUUUUAUUCGUGGUAUUUUAUUUUAUGUGUUUAUAUUUUAUGAUAGUUAUUCCGAUGUAAAUGAUCUAUUAUGCUGAAUUUAAAAGAAUUAUAUGUAUAAUAUGAAUAUAAUAGCGUUAAAGUGAAAUUAUUUCAUAAACUAAAAUAAUCAAAGUUGAAGUUAAUCUUAUUUUUUUCAUGAUUAAUAGUUGCUAGAAAAGAGAAAAUGUUUGACCUACAUGGGUCUUUAUAAAAAUCAAGUUGUUUUAUCAAGGAAAAUAUAUUAAAGGUAUACAACGUAAAAAGUUGAGAAAAUCCUGUGUUUUAUUGACAACACAUGACAAUUUUUUGUUCACUAGAAAAUCUUAUGAAUAUAUUAAAUAAAAACGUAAUUUUCAAUCAACUAUUUUUUUAUAAUUAGAACUUUUGAAUUCCAAUGUGUCGGAAAAGUCUCUUUCAUUGAUUCUGGUCAGGUCCACAAUCAUACGAUACGAAAAACGAUGGAAAAGAUAGAAAAUUGAUUAUAUACAUCUGAAAGAGAGACUGAAACCAUAUUUUUCUACAUCGUCACUGAAGGAAUUCAGGCAUCUACCAUAUCAGUGGAUAUUGAUGAAAAUAUUUCAGGUGAUAUUGAUAAAAUCUGCCAAAAAAAAAUAUGCAAAACAGCAAAAACAACACGCAAAUUGUGUAAAUUUGGAAAAAGGUGAAAAUUUAGAAAACAAAAAUUGAACUAUGUCGGGAAGACCAGCAGAUGAAUAAUGAAAAUGACAUCUUAAAAAAUGAAAUAUAUGGUGGAGUGGGCAAGAAAACCUUUAUUGAGUUGUUAUAAAACGUACAAAGUGAAAACCAAAUAUAUUAUAUUGAAAGAAAACGUCGAAAACUUCUAGUCCAAGAAAAUAUGAACCUAUUGAGAAGUAUCUGAAUUCAGAAAUAACGACCCACUAACUAAAGGAAAUAUGUUAAGAAGACACUAUCAAUAUAGUAACUGCAAAAACUCACAAAUCUAGAACUUGAAGCAACUGACUAAAACAAAGAAAUGCUUCAUAUAGAUUAUGAUACCAAGAACUCUCAAUAGUUUCCCUAUAUUGCAAAUACUUAUAGUCAAAUCUAUGGAAAGGAGGAGUGAACCAGAGUUUGAACUGGGCAAUGUGAAGAAUAUACUAAAAUUUAUAGGUAAAACCAAAAUUUACAAGAGUUUACUACUACUAAGAAGGUUUGGUGCAAGAGUUUCAAGUUUCAUGUAUAAAAAAAGUGACAACAGAAACCCAACUAGAACCUAAAGCAUAGACCAAGGCUAUAGUGAAGCAGAUUGUACAUCUGAAAAGUGAAUCUUUGCGAAAGAAAUCUAGAAAACGUGAGGAAAACAAAGUAAUAUUGAUAGAACAGAAAAAUAAAACCCUUGAAAUAUAACUAAACGUAAGACAAGUAUUGCACUUCGAACAUUUGAUCAUUUUAUCUCGAAAUUUCAUAAUCGUCCCAAAUAUUAUAUAAAUAGGAUCUUUUGAAGAUGAACCAUCAAGCUCAAUACCAACACUUAUAAUGGGGAGUCCUUGUCAAUGGUCCCUCUGCAGUACUCUUUGUCUCAAUCAAGCGCAUGGAGGUUUCCAAUAUUGGAAAAUCCUCCUGGCAUCGCUCUAUUUGAAGUAAAAUGUUUCCAUUAGGUCAAAUUAAAGGAUUUUCCUCUUGGAUGUAGUUUCCUAUAUUCCUUAUCAUCAAGCUAAUAAAUCUAUAGCUUCUGCUAGAUUAUCGAAUGCAUUGUUUCUAGCUUAUCAUAUUAAUCAGAAUUGUGUUUAUUGAACAAUACCAAUUUUUUCGAAACUUGAAAGUUACUUCAACUUUGAUUACUUGGAAAAUUGAAAACUACUGUCUAUUUAAUGAGAUAUGAUGUUCAUACUUGAGUAUUUCUUUUACCUAAAACACAAACUAAAAAUGAAGUUUCCCAACUGUUUCUAUUCCAUUUCAUCAUUCAUUUUCUUUUGCUCCAUAAUAAAAACUGGAAUUAUAUUGAUGAAAAAUCGAAAAUAACUUCAUUAAAUGGAUGGUAAUAUCAAUAAUUGUAGUGUAAUCUACUUGUUAUUUUUUAAUUGUUGAAAAUAAAAUAUUUUUA